GCUGUUUGCAGUGGGUUGCAAACAAGGUGCAGGGACAAAAGCUCGCUAGCAAAAGAGAGAUGCGCUCCAUGUGUUGCGGUUGAGGAAGUUGUAGCAACUAGGCAUUUGUUUUUUGAAGCGUGUAUGUAAACUACAUUUUGUCGACACGAAUCAAAAGGAGAAACCUUUCGUUGGACACAGGUCGGUGUGUGUGUGUGUGUGUGGGUGUUGCUUUGUCAGGCGCGGGUCUUGUCGGGACGGAACGGAACGGGACGUCUCCGGUUAUAAAUGGGGCUGUUUGACAAGCUCGCAGGAUGGCUGGGCCUGAAAAAGAAGGAGGUGAACGUCGUCUGUUUGGGCUUGGACAACAGCGGCAAGACCACCAUCAUCAACCAACUCAAGCCCUCUAACGCCCAGGCCCAAGACAUAGUCCCCACCAUUGGCUUCAGCAUUGAAAAGUUCAAGACCUCAAGCCUGUCCUUCACGGUGUUCGACAUGUCUGGCCAAGGGAGAUACAGGAACCUGUGGGAGCAUUACUACAAAGAGGGCCAGGCCAUCAUAUUUGUGAUUGACAGCUCAGAUAAGUUGCGCAUGGUGGUUGCCAAGGAGGAGCUGGACACUCUACUCAGUCACCCAGAUAUCAAGCACCGGCGCAUUCCCAUCCUGUUCUUCGCCAACAAGAUGGACCUAAAGGAGGCGCUGUCCUCAGUCAAGGUUUCCCAGCUGCUCUGCCUUGACAACAUCAAGGACAAACCCUGGCACAUCUGUGCCAGCAACGCCAUCAAGGGGGAGGGUCUGCAGGAGGGAGUGGACUGGUUACAAGAUCAAAUCAGAACGAUGAGAACGUGAGACAUUAGCGACGUGGAUGUCAGUCUCCUCAGCCACCAGUGGUAGCCGCCACCACCACCACCAUUCCAGUUCCCAUGGCGCCAACAUCCUGGCUCCAGACACCUGUGAUCAUGUGACCUGCCUGCCCUGUGGCCCCCCCUGCUGGGCUGGGCAGCAAAACAGCAGCUAACCAAACAAUCACCCCUAUAACACACAGGCUA